GUUAUUCUGGAAGGUGCUGCAAUUUCACUUUUAUCUUUCUGAGCUUACUACUUCUCUCGCAAACCAAACACCUAUCGUUAACCGGAGCACAAAACAUGUCAAUCGUUCCCAUCGGUGAUCGCCGUGCCACAAUCUCCACCCCCUUUUCCUUAGACACAUGGGAUCCAUUCGAGAAUUUCCCAGAAGGAUUCCCUUUCUCCCUUGACCUUUGGAUCCCCUUCACUGAUUUUCCUUCAUUUUCUCGGGAAAUCUUUCCCUCCUCUGGAUCCCAAAUCAGCUGGAAAGAAACUUCAAAAGCCCAUGUGUACAAGGCUUUUCUUCCAGGACUCACCAGAGAUGAAGUCAUAGUUUACAUCGACGACGACAACGUGCUUCAAAUAAGCAGUGACGACGGCAAGUUCAUGAGCCGGUUUAAGCUUCCUGAGAAUGCCAUGGUGGAUCAAGUUCAGGCUUCCAUGGAACGUGGCGUGCUCACUGUAAGCGUCGGUAAGAGGAACGCAGUAGAUCGGAAUGUUAGAGUUGUUGAAAUUACGGGCGACGAUGGUUAAAUUAUGUUGCUUUGUUUAGGUUGUUCAUCAUGCGUUUCAUGUUUAUGCUGUGUGGUAAAAAAAAGUGUGUUUGUGUUGUGAGUUGUAAUAUUGAUUGAACUUUGUCUUAUGUGUGACUAACUGCUAUCCUUUUAAGAAAUUGGUAUUCCAGUGUAGAAUGGCACCUCUUAGUUCGAUUU